GAGCAGCUGAUCCGCCUCUCUCGGAGACGGAAGGGGUUAAAGUCCUGUGACUGUGCCCCCGCCAAUCAGGGAUCACGGAGAGGUCUCUGCUCUGAUUCGUCAGAGGCGGCCUGUCAGUCAUGGGCGAGUCGCGGUCGGAUUGGCUGAACCGCGCUGCUGGUGGCCGUGGUGGUGUGUGAGGUAGGAAAGAUGUCCACCGACCGCGAUGGGAAGAAGCUGGUCCGCUCCGCCAGCGGGCUCCGCAUGCUGCCCGAGAACCGGGCGCUCAGCAGCCCCUUCUGCUUGGAGGAGCCGCAGUGGGUGCCGGAUAAGGAGUGCCCGCGAUGUAUGCAUUGUGACGCCAAGUUUGACUUCAUAAAUAGAAAGCACCAUUGCCGGAGAUGUGGUAAAUGCUACUGUGAUAAAUGCUGCAGUAAGAAGGUCCCUCUGCCCCGCAUGUGUUUCGUGGAUCCAGUGCGUCAGUGCGGAGAGUGUUCCGUCAUUUCACAGAAAGAGAUGGAAUUCUAUGAUCGCCAGCUUAAAGUGCUAAUGAAUGGCGCUGCCUUCGCCAUCACCCAGGGAUCUUCUGAGAAAUCCGAGAACAUAGUGUGUCGGCUUUCCAACAACCACAGAUAUCUUUUCCUAGAUGGAGAAAACCAUUAUGAAAUCGAAGUCGCUCGAAUUUCAACUGUACAGAUACUUACCGAAGGGUUUACUCCAGGGGACAUUCACACAUACACCAGCCUGUUGGAGAGCCAGUGCGUUACUGAAGGAGGGAACAGUCGUACCACCGGGAUGCUGCUUCAGUAUAAAACCCCGGGCUCCGAUGACCUUCUACAGAUGAGGUUUACCACAAGCGAAGACUUCAAUAGCAACAAGAACAUGUCCGCGUCCUGGCUGGCCGCCAUGCACAAGGCUGCCAAACUCCUGUAUGAGUCUCGUGACCAGUGACCGCGGGGAGAAAAGAUGAACAGUGCAAAGUUUUAUUUGUAAUUGUCAUUAUUGAUGCAAUAUAAUAGCGCCUCUUUUUAUCCAGGAUGUAAAUCAAAGUUCUAACCGAAGUCUUUUUACAACCAGAAUUCUUCUCCCCAAUUGUGCAAUAUUGUUACAUUUUAAUAAUGCUUCAGACUACAGUAUAAACUACCGUAUAUGUACGGUCGUCCUAAUGCAGCCGCGUAGGUUAGUCGGUGGUUUUCACACAGGUUGAAUGAGCCUCAACUGUUGGAUUUGCUGAAGAAUGAGAACUUUCUACACUACAUCUCAGGUUCCUUCAUCCCCUCACUAGUAUUUCUGGGCAAUACAAAGUGUGUGACUUGUUUUUAUAGAAGUUAUAAACACAUGAAAAUGUUAUCCGAUAUCUUCUACAGGUCAUGUUUUCAUGCUAUGCCUGAUUCUUGCACUUGUGUGCUUGGAGCAGGGCCUGAGUACGUGCACUGCACUCUCCACAGAUGUACAGUAUCAUUGUAAUUGGCAUGAAUGUGUACCUGUUACUUAUACACAAUGAAGGCUGAACUUCAUAUUCCACUAUCCAUUCACCACGGUGACAUCACCUGGUCACCCAUGGUCCAGUGAUGUCACUAGUCCUUAGUGGCUGCCAUCAGCGUGUGUAAGCAAUGGGUUCAUGUUAAGGAUUUAUUCUCCAGGAUAUAUGUGAGCGCAGCAUUCCUGUGGUUUAUUACUUACAUUGUGUCCGACCGAUGGCAGCACUCUAUAGCUGGGAUAAUGCGCCCCCUACUGUAUUCUAAUUCUAUUACAUGUCACACAGUGGUUUAGCACCUAUAGCAAUGCACAGGCCUGCAGCAAUCGGAUGCAUUAUAUCGGACGUAUAGUAGGAGCUGUAUUCCUUAUACCACACAAUCUUUCCUAAUGAACGCUGUAUAAACAGUUCUUAUGGCAUCACUUAUGAUAUUUACAGGUGUUUGUACAUAUCACUUGUGUAUUACAAAUAUUAUUUUACGUUAAUACGGAGCUGUGGACCAAGUUUAUUCAGAGCAGUUAUUUUGCGUGAUGCUGCAGAUUUCUAUACGUUUAUAAACUAGGCUAUUAUCAGUAAUCUAUGAUCUUUAUAACACUCUUCUAGACAGACGAGACGUAAUGUCACAAUGCACUGCUGUAUGCUAAGGUAAGCUAGCCUUCAUUAUUGAUCCUCUUGUGGGAACCAUAGUUUCCUGUCAUUAAGCAUAACAGGGAUGUUCUACAGCUUUUGUACAGAUUCAGUGUUUGCCUAAUAAAAAGCACAACAAACCUU